GACGAGAAUUCAGCUAAAAUGUGUGUAAAGUGAAAAUUCGUUUGGUUUGCACAAAUAAGACACAGACAGAAUUGGCCAGAAAACGACUAUGUCCCCAAAUCAAGUGACAGCUAACGUCGGAGACAGCUGCUGAUUUUACUUUUACAUUACAGCGGGCUUAUUAUUAGCGCUUGUAUUUUCAGUGAAGGGAAUUAACAACUGGAAAAUCAAUUCACUUUCACUUAAUUCCACUCGCAAGUCUGUCAUAGCGGAAUUAAACCUUAACAACAUAAGUUAUAAGAUUGUAGUUUUUAAGUAUCAAAACGUCGAGGAGUGUUUACCAUAGUUCGAUGUUUUUCCUUAAAUAAUUUUCAAAAAUGAAGAUAAACGAGAAGAAUCUUUGCGCUUUCGCGUCUUCAACGACUCCUGUAGACCGUGAAGGGUUGUUGGAACUACGCGGAGAAGUCGGUAAAAGCUAUCAAAAAAGAUGGUUUGUUUUGAAAGGGAAUCUGUUAUUUUACUUUGAAAAAAACGGCGACAAAGAACCCGUUGGCGUUAUUAUACUAGAGGGAUGUACUAUUGAAUUAACGGAAGAGGAAGCAUAUAGUUUCAAAAUAGUCUUUCAAUGUGAGGGUGGACGCACAUAUUACUUAUGCACCAACUCACAGGCGUCCAUGGAAGCUUGGAUGAAAGCGUUAGCCUGCGCCAGCUACGAUUACAUGAAGCUUAUGGUCUCUGAGCUACAGAGGCAACUAGACGAGGCUACAGUGGAGGCAGCUGAGGAAGCUGCAGCAGCCCUGGUGACCUUGACUCCACCAGACGACGGGCCGCAGGUGCCACCAAGGGGUCAAAGAUACAAUCCGUUCAAUAAGGAACAGGAAGCUGCAAAGAGUGUGCCGGGAAGUCGACACCACAAAGAAAACCUACGACCAGAAGUACCACGUAAGAAAGUACCGUUUCGUGAUAUUCACACAGCAUAUGGACGCAAGAUCCUCGCAGAUCGCAGCGAGUGGCGAGCCAAGGUCGUCCAAAAAGAAGAAUCUGUCGCACCUCUUAUACAGCUAUAAGUUUUUUAAGUUACUCUUAUACAGCAGUGUAUCUGACCAUGGUUUCGUUAUGAUGGCGCAUUAGUAUUAUUUUCUCUAACAGGCAACCUACAACAAGAUCUCUAAGACGGAAUAACCUAUUACACCUUAUACAGCUGUAAGAUUUUUAUAUUACUCUCAUACAGCUGUGUGUGGUUAUGAUCAUGUCAUAAUGAGACCCCACUACGUAGCAACCGGCGAACUAAAGAUCUCGAGAAAGUAAUAACGUAUUAAGUCUCUUGUACAGUUAUAAGAUCUUAUACAGCUUAUACAGCUGUGUAUCUUAGUAUGGUCAUAUGGUAGUGACAGUGCUCUAGGUAAGUACUAAUUUCUUUCAACGUAGCCGUACAGGAGAGUUAAAGAUCUCUAAAAAGAAAGAAUCUGUUACAUCUCCAUAAGAGCUAUAAGUCCUAAUGUGGUUUUUAUUAGAAAAAAUCUAAGCAAAACUGCACCGUUUGUUUUCCAGCAAAAUUCCAGAGUACAAUUUUAAAUUUUCUUUUGAAUUACAAUCGAUUUUCCACGAAAUCAAUAGAAAAUAAUAUAAACUCGUGAUUAUGAAUCUGUAAAAUAUCUUCUCAUUAACGGUAGAAUUAAAUAUUUUUGUCGUAACUUUGAAUAAAACCUACGAUCUUAUACAGCUUUCAUAAACGGCAUAUGUCUACAUAUUUUUUUAAAUGAUAUGAAGUGACGGGACGUUUCACGUAAGAAAGAACUUUAACAUUGUUAAAAUCAAAUACGUUACGCUGAAAUUUACUAUUGGACAUGAAAAUUAUUUCUUACGAUGAUCGAUCGGUAUAUGAAAAACUGACACUGACCAUGAUCGCUGUAAUUCCUAAAUUACUAUGAUAAUACUAUUGGAAAUACUUGAAAGAAUGCAGUGUUUAAGAAAACUUGUUAUUGUUUCAAUAUAAUUGCCCGUCAACAAAACAAUGCUUGUAUUAUUGAAAAUACCUACAUUUUAACUUAGAUAUUUAAUUAUUAAUACAAAGAUCGAACACUCAGAAAAAACACUCAGAAAAAAUUCCUUCGAUCUGGUCGGACUCGAACCGACGUCUUCUUGCAUACCGUGCCAGACGAUA